AUGCGGUUCGAAUAUAUUAUCCAGAUAUUUGCUGCCCUGGUGGUGGCUACAUCUGCGUCUCCCACGGCACGAUCGAGCCAUGUAAUCCACGAGAAGCGUGGGAACCCUCCGCUAAAAUGGUCGAGGCAUUCUCGCUUAUCUCCUCAGACGGUCCUGCCCAUCCGGAUCGGCCUGGCACAACAGAAUCUGCACCGAGCAGAAGAGUUCAUUAAUGAGGUGGCACAUCCGAAAUCGAAGCUGUAUGGUCAGCACUGGUCCAAGGAGAAGAUUACGGAUAUGUUUGCGCCCAGUCAGGAAUCGACGGAUGCGGUACGGGAAUGGUUGUCGGCCUCGGGCAUUGAUUUGAGAAGAGUCAAGAUGUCCAAAUCUCGGAAUUGGAUCACAUUCAACGCCACAACGCAGGAAGCCGAGAACCUGCUCAAGACGGAGUAUCACCUGUACAGGCACGAAGCCGGUCACAACCACGUCGCGUGCAAGCAGUACAGCAUUCCCGCUCAUCUGACCGACCACAUUGACAUUGUCACGCCCAGUGUCCACUUCGACAAGCAAUUGGGAAACCCGAAACGAACGGUACACCACUCGGAGAUACCCCCUCCACUCCGAGAGCUGAACAAACGGCAGCCGAUGAAGCGGCAGGCCGGUUCAUACCGUGGGAUCGUGGGAUCUCCGAACGACGCGUCCAACCCUAAGCAAGGAGCCACCGUCAAGAACGCUCUGAUGACUUUGGAAAACUGCGAUACAAUGAUCACACCCCAAUGCUUGCAGGCGCUUUACAACGCGCCACCGAGUACCACAGCCAUGAGAAACAACUCCCUUGGGGUCGUCGAGUAUACCCCGCAAGCCUUCCUCCAGAGCGAUCUGGAUUUGUUCUUCAAGCAGUUCACACCGGGCCUGACCGUUACGCAACCCAAUGUCAAUCUCAUUGACGGAGCCAUCGUUCAACAGACCAACCAGAGUUUCAAUUUCAACGGCGAGUCUGCUCUGGACCUGGAAUUUGCAAUGGCUCUUGUAGCUCCGCAGAGCGUCACCGUCUACCAGGUCGGUGAUAUCGUUUCCGGCGGCAGCUUCAACAACUUCCUCGACGCGAUCGAUGCAAGCUAUUGCAGCUUUGAUGGCGGCGACUCCAAAGAUCCCAGCAUCGACGGCCAAUAUCCUUCGAACCAGAAGGGCGGCUUCCAAGGCGAAGAGAGCUGCGGCUCCUUCCAAUCCACCAACGUGAUCUCGACGUCGUACGGCUCCAACGAGGCCGAUCUCUCCGCCAGGUACGAGACCCGCCAAUGCAUGGAGUACAUGAAACUCGGCCUCCAAGGCGUCUCGAUUCUCUACUCCAGUGGUGAUUUUGGUGUUGCUGGCAACGGCGGCGCAUGCAUCGACCCGGUCACGGGCGCAUACAACAAUGGCAGCCAAGGCAUCUUCAACCCCUCCUUCCCCGGCGGCUGCCCCUACGUCACUUCCGUAGGCGCCACCCAAAUUCUCAACGGCUCCACCGUGCGGACCCCGGAAUCCGCCUCCCAGACGGUCAUCUUCUCCGGCGGUGGCUUCUCCAAUGUCUUCGCACUCCCCUCUUACCAAGAGAAGGCCAUGGCGGACUACUACGCCAAUUACCCGCCCCCAUAUGGCGCCGAGCGCUUCAACAACUCCAAGCAGGUCCGCGGCUUCCCCGACGUCUCGGCCAACGGCGUCAACUAUGUCACGGCUGUCGACGGCCAGUUCAGUUUGUCUUUCGGCACGAGUGCCAGCUGCCCGACGUUCGCGGCGAUGUUGAACAAUAUCAAUGAGCAACGUAUUAAUGUGAAGAAAUCGCCGGUGGGCUUUGUGAAUCCGGUGCUGUACGCGAAUCCGGGGGUGCUGAAUGACGUGACAAACGGAGGCAAUCAGGGGUGCGGGACGAAGGGGUUCGAUAGCGUGCCCGGGUGGGAUCCGGUAACGGGAUUGGGAACGCCGAAUUUUCCGGCCAUGCUGGAUCUCUUUAUGAGUCUGCCGUAG